UCUCUCUCUCUCUCUCUAGCGCGCUCGCGCUCGCUCACUCCACCCCUCUUCAGUGUUGUAUAAGUACAGUUGUCAUCUUUCUCCUCAUAAUUUCUCUUCAGAUUCCUCCACAGGAUUUGACUCCUGAUCUCUGAGGAUGGAUAACGCCACAUACAGCUACGUGAAUGACUGCACUCCGCUCACUAACUGUAAGGCUGGCCGUAAGGUGGGGGGCUCAACCGUGGUCAACAUGGGCCAUGCAGGCAAGAAACCCCCAAACGAUUAUCUGAUCUGGUCUCUCUGUAACACUCUCUAUGUCAACUUCUGCUGCCUGGGGUUCAUGGCUCUCAUCUACUCCAUCAAGGCCCGAGAUCAGAAAACCCUGGGCGACAUGCGGGCAGCGCAGGAAUGCUCAGACAAGGCGAAGUGGUACAACAUUUUGGCAUCGGGCUGGAAUCUCCUGAUUCCUCUGUUGUUUCUGGGUAUGCUGGUCCUGCUCAUUGUUCAUCUGGGCAGCUCACAGGGAUCGUUUGAUUUCUUCGGUGAAGAUGGAUUUCAGAGCUUCAUGAACCUGUUCAGCAGGUAGACAGAUGACACAAGGAAUCACAAGAUAAAAACUCAACCUUCAGGACUGUAAACUCCUACACCUCUCUGACAACGUCUUGGUUUCUUUUGCUAUAUCGUGAAUUAUUAUUAUUAUUAUUAAUAAGAUUAUUUUAUUCAUUAUUAAUGUCAGUAUACUAUAUGUUAACUGAUAUCUAUUUUAUGUUUCUAUUUUAUACAGCAAAUUGGUAUAACAGUAUUUAAUAAAAUAUUUAAUGUCCUCCAUAUUUUUUUCUUUUGCACGUGUUUCUUUGCACGGAUUUCAUCUGGGCAGAUUUCUGUCACUUUUGUCUAAAAAAAAAACAUUAAAUGAGUAACGUUAAAUUUACAAACAAAAUGUAUUUUUAAUUAUUUUCUCUGACUUGAAUGAGUUUUGUGAAACACUUGCAUGUUAAAAAAUGUACUUGAAAAUAAAACCACAGACAUUUCAACCUUAAAUGCAAUGCUUGACA